AUGGUACUCUGCUCAAGCCUUGGAGGGCACACCCCUUCAUCCAUAGCGGUAGCUGCAGAUGAGCUCCGGAUCCAGGCACUGCGCCAGGACUUGCCCCUCCAGUGUCCUCCGAAGGAUGAUGCGGAGACCUGGGGCCACCCUCGCGUGCCGCUGAGACUUCCCAUAAUUGUGCUGACCAAUCUGGCAAGAGAGCAACUGGAGCGCCCCUCUGAGGGAGCAGGAUCUGGCCUGCCUAUCGACAGUUCGAGACCUCUCCAACACCCAUAUGGGCCACCACCUGCUGUUGUGGAGGAGUCCCUAGCAACAGCAGAACUAAAUAGCUCUUAUGGUCUGGCAGGCGGGAGGCAGAGGGGCCAGGAUUCUUUUCAUCUGUCCCAGGAAUUCUCUGGCAACUCUCCUGCACUGAUGAUCGGGGGCACAAGGGUCAGCAAUGAGAGAGAAGACAAUAAUGCAAGGUUAUAUGUGGCUUUGCCACAAAGUCAGGGGUUCUUGCCACCCAGGAGCCCACAAGUAAGAGGCCGUCCAUGCAUGCUGUGCACUGUUCGAUCAGGGAUAAUGAUGGAGCUGCCUCCAGGAAAUAGGAGAACGGCUGGCAAGGGAAGGCUGGCUCACGUUUAUUUCCCCUUGAGGGGCCCUCAGCACCCUGUGGAAUAUUGGCCAUGGCCUAUCCCCUUGUCUUCUAGUACCCCAGGUGUACCUGCUGGCGUUGCUGCUCAUUGCUUCAUUUGUCCUCGACCUCCCAGUUUCAAUCCAUUUCUUGUUAUGCCUGUAUCUUUUGCUCCUGCCCCCAAAUUUGGUCCUCUACUGCCUUCUUAUUUUGCCAGUUUCCCUUCUUGGGGCAUGCCACCUCCUGCAUCCUCAAGCAGGAAACACAAAUGA